GUCAGUGACCGAAGUGAAUCGUGAGAGGAGCGUUCCCGCGCUAAAAAUAAUCAAAGCGGCCGCGUCUUUGUAAGGAAACUAAAAACUUACAUUUUUUGUGACAAACAGUAUGAAGUUUAUGUAAAAAUCAAAGGAGACGGGACGUAUACUGUGUCCGGUGACAAUAAUAAUGCAGUUUGAUUCGUAAAAGUUUAUUUUGCCGUGAUUUUGCGUUACCGCGUCCUGUGUCAUAUUGUUUGUGAAUGGGUCAAACAGUGUUUUAGCUAUGGAAGGAUGUUAUUGACGAUUAAAUUCUAAACAUCCUUGACUUUACUCUAUUUAAUGGGAUUUUGUUGUUGGUGCAGUGCGUGUGUGAUGCGCGCUACAGUGCUGCUGCUCGCGGUAGCACUCUGCCGCGCGGGCUCGCUCGACUCCGAGCUAGGUGUUGGGAAAUCUAUAAAUAUAUUUAUGAGAUAUGGCUACCUCAGCAUAUGCAUGCGAGUUGUGCCUCGUAACGACACAGAAGGCUGGGUGUUCCGGGAGCCCACGGUAUCCGUCUUCCGAGACGUUGAGAAGUAUGCGCUUGCGCCGAAACCGCGGCAGGCCAAGACGCUGUUCGACGGCGACUUUCAUAUGGAAUUCUGCGAUAACUUGAAGCAGUUGUUGCAAGCGUACUUUAGGGAUUUUAGCUUUGAGAGGCUAGAACGACCCUGGCGUGCCUUCACCGCGGGCUGGCCCACGGACAUCAUGGCGCGGAACUUGGGGAUCAAUUCGUCGUUUAUCAACGGAGAUCACUGUUAUGUGCUGGUUAGGGUGUCUAGAUUUCGCGAAACAGCCAAGCUAAGCGACUUGCCACCAAACAUACCAGUAGAGGAUGUGGUAUUCGAAGCCAUUCAAGACACGACUAUUGGAGACACGGUGUCUAUAGCCGACUUUAUUAGGAAAUAUGGGUCACAUUAUAUAGCGUCUUAUAUAACGGGGAAUUCGUUGUAUCAGGUGUUUGUGUUCUCUAGAACCGCAUACUCUAUGAUCAAAGAGAGACUUAAAAGCAAAGGCGUUGCCGAUAUAACCGCCAAAGAGCUGGAGGGUUACUUCUCGCCGUGGCAGGCUAAACAUAUCGGCCAGAUUAAGGUGGCGAGUGGUAACAAAACAGUGGAAAGUUGGGCCAUGAAAAGAUUGCGGGUACAUUACUAUAUAUUUUCGUACCCGAGUCUACUUAAAUUGCACGGAGAGCCAGCCCUAUUGAGAAAUCUAGACACGUUAUUAGGAAAUGAAGCCUUAUUACAAUUAGAAUUAAAGACAUUAUCGCCUGCGUUCAAAGACGAUAAGAAGAAACAGUGGUUCGAAGAAGUCAUAGACAAUUAUUUGAAAUUAUGGGAAAGUAACAUGUGACGGUGCUUAAUAUUGUGUUGUGGAAAAGACAUUUUAGUUAAAAAAUUAUUGAUUUUACAAGAUUAUUAUUUUUGAUUCUGUGAUUGAUUUGAAUUUGAUUGUUUGAGAUUCACCAGUGUAAGUACAAAAGUCAAUUUUGAAUAUUCGUCCAAUUUUUUAUAAAAAAAUAUAUUUAAUUCCAUAGUAUAAAUGUGAUAAGAGAGUAUAUAAUAAAUAAUAUUUUUAUAUACAUUUAUGACAAAUUGCCUAACUGCCAAGUAUUUUAUGCUUUUAAUUUCUAUAUUUAUUUAUUUAAGCGCCAUCUAGUUGCAUUCUAUAGAACCUUUUAUUUAAGUGCAAUAUGUAAAGUAUUAUUAUUAUCAUAAUGAAGAUUGAAGUCCAUUUUAUGAAAGAAAUCCUAAAUAUAAUGUUAAGUACGAAAAAUUUGUACAUAAUGGGGCUCAGAUAAAUAGUAUUUUUGUUAAAUUUUCUAAAAUAAUUACUUAUCAUUGGAUUUCUUUCAACGAAUAUCAUAGCCAGCUGUUUGUUUUAAAUAGAUUUAUUUAAAAGACCUA